AUGAUGUGCGUUACCCGCCAAAAAUGGCCACGGUAUUUAACUAUUAUUCUUAUAAUACUGUGUGUUUUCUUUGUUAAUAUUUUUGUAAAAGGUAACAUCAAAAAUGAAGCAUUAGAACAGGAAUCUUUCUUGAAACAAAGACAGGAUCGACACGGUCACAGUAAUUCUUUUUUCAUUGUUGCGGAUAAUUUGCACACGCCAGAGAAUGCUGUAGACCAAGCAAAGGGAGUUCAUGAAGAAGAAUGUCGCUACGUAUAUUUGGACCUUGGAUCUAACAAAGGCGUACAGAUUCGAAAACUGUUUGAACCAGCGCUAUACCCAGGAGCUGAGAUCCUCCCGUAUUUCGACAAAAUAUUUGGAAACGUCGAUCACAGGCGAAAAUAUGCGUGUGCAUUUGGAUUUGAGGCAAAUCCACGACAUUUUUCAAGGUUAAAGUACAUCGAAAAUGCCUACAGACGAAAAGGGUUUCGUGUUACCUUCUACAACAAUGCAGUUUCAAAUGAACAAAACAAAAACGUGACAAUUUAUUCGGAGACUAAUUUUGACUUAGACUGGGGUGCAGGGAUCCUUGAUGUUGCUAUUCACGAUAAAGAAAACAUGACUAGAUACGAAGUACCAACAGUUGAUAUUGUGAAAUUCAUCAACAAGGAAAUUAAACCACUAAAUCCCAAAGCAGUUUUUGUUAAAAUGGAUAUUGAAGGGUCAGAGUACACAGUACUACCUCACAUGGUCAAAAACAAAGUUUUGUGCAAAAACGUUCUGAGCUCGAUGGUUGUUGAAAUGCAUGGAUGGGCAAAAAAACAAAUGAAAUCAAAAUUGGACCUGAAAACGUUGAGACAGAUGAUGAGGAAACAAAUGUGUGCGCCCACAGAAAUUGUGCCAGUUGAUGACGAGUCCUACAAAGAUGACGUGGAAGUCGAUCCUGACGCAUAAAUAGAAGCGGAAAUUACUAUUACCACCACGAUACUAUUUGAAUAGUACACGUUGACACCUCACAUAAAUGAAGUAACACGACUCGAGUAUAAAUGAACAGAUCAAGUGUUCCUGUUAUCUUUAUUGUCUACAAGACAUGGAUGGAUAUAGAAAUAGUACGUUAAGUCCAAUACUUACUCCCGCUAGUUUGACAUGCAAUGACUUUCACAUAUCAUGUCAAAAAGAACAGGAAAUGCUCGAUGGUGUGUGUUCUAGCAACAUGAUUCUGUAAUAUGUAUAUGCCUCAUAUUUUCCACCUGAAUAGUAUAUGUAUUUAUGUAGGAGUUCUCGUCUAAAGGCACAACGAUUAAAGCCAAACAUACACCAACCAAUGGACACCGAUUCUUAAGUGUUAGUACCCUCAAAACAGUUUUGUUUCGAUGUGUAUGGUCAAUGGCGAACUAGAAGGUAGCGUUUUCCACAAAUGUUUUGAAUCUAUGCAUAUUGGAUGAGUUAUGUUUACAAAGGGAAUAUCACGUGGCUACAAAAGGAAAUCUAAAACGUUA